AAUCCACGCCCCCGCACGCCGGGCGUAGAGCCUAAUCGACCUGUAGUGACCCGUCCGGGCGUUUUGUACUUUCUAAAUAGAGCGCAUUUUGGCUUAUGUAAGGUCAUGCGGUCUCUGAGGAAUCCCGGCAGCCAAAGAAAGUCACAUGGCCGAGCUUGAGUUCUUCAGGGCUGAGAUGUACAAUCUGCAGUCAGAGACCCCACUGGAAGAAAUAUCAGGUGGAAGUGACUUUGGAUCGGCAAAGGAGAUUGAGGAGGAGCCAUUGAGGGCCUCCGUAGGGCAGCUCGAGGCCCUUACGUAACUUCAGGGGCGGGGCCGACAGGAAAUUUAAACCGAAGCCUCGACCGAGGGCGCUUAGAGAAUGAUGUUAUAGCUGGAGAGGAACAGCGGGUGCAAGGAUCUGAAAGAGCUCAAGGAGCCCAAGAUGUGAUACGGCGGCCUUGAAGGAGUACGGGGGCCAAGAAAGAGCCGAGAAUUUGAGGAGGGAGCGGGAAAGGGAAGCAGAGGCAACGAUUGGUUUGAACUGGAGGGUUCAAUGGCUGAGAGUAGGCUCCAGGCUCCGGACCUAGGAGCUCAGCUCGGAGUUUCCAGUUGUCUGGGAAAAUGCCAGAAGCACUCACCAGAUGCUGGGAGGCAGCCCUUUUCUGGAAAGUCCUUUUACUUGGAUCUGCCUGCUGGCAAGAACCUCCAGUUUUUAACAGGAGCCAUCCAGCAGCUGGGUGGGGUAAUUGAGGGUUUUCUGAGCAAAGAAGUAAGUUACAUCGUGUCCAGCCGCAGGGAGGCGAAGGCAGAGAGCAGUGGGACGAGUCACAGAGGCUGCCCCAGUCCCAGCAAGAUCCGAGUGGAAACACUGCCCAUGGCCCACCCAAAAGGCAGCCAUCCCAGGCCCGCACAGAAACCCGCAGACUCGGUGCCUCUGAGCAGAGGGAAGGAGCUCCUGCAGGCAGCCAUCAGGAACCAGGGGAGCAGCAGCAGCCUCCUGAGCAACGCCCGCUCCUGGGGAGUGCGGAUCCUGCACGUGGAUGAAAUGGUGAUGUACGUGCAGCACCUGUCUCUUGAUGCUCUGUGUGUGAAGAAGCAAGGGCCAGAGAAGCCAGAGGGAAAAUGUCCAACAGAGUCAAGAACACGGAAAGUGGCCAGACUGAAGGCACCGUUCCUCAAAGUCGAAGAUGAGAGCAGGAAGUUUCGUCCUUUCCACCAUCAGUUUAAAUCCUUUCCUGAAAUUUCUUUUCUGGGACCCAAAGACACAAGUCCCUUUGAGGCCCCGACAACUCCGGGCAGCUCACACCAUACCAGAGAAGCCAGGGACCGGGAGCCAAGCCCACAAUCAGCCGCCCGCACAGUGCCCCGGAGGAAGAAAGGCUACUGUGAGUGCUGCCAGGAGGCCUUUGAGGAGCUGCACAGGCAUCUUCAAAGCCCCCAGCACCGGGGCUUUGCCCUGGAAGCCCAUUCAUAUGCCGAAGUCGAUUGGAUCAUCGCCCAACUCAGCCACAGCUUUGCAGACAUCCCCUUCCAGGCCAGCCUCCCUGGGCAGUCAGGCUCCCUGGCUUCAGAUUGUGACCAUCUGUGCCCUGAGACUCUGCCUCCCAACCAGCCCUCCCAUCCCAGGACAGCAUCUCCCAGGAGGAGGAAGGAAGAUGAUCGCCAGGCCCCAGGUGCCCCAGAGCAGGAUGGCACAGUGGGCGACACGCAGGCACCAGCUGAACCUGUGGAGGCUGGCAAGACACCUGGACCACCAGCAAGCUGCCAGGAGCCAGAGGAGUUGGCUGAUGUCUUUGUGGACCCCUCAGGAACACCUGCUUACCAGUGCCUCUUGACCAGCUCUGGGUUUACCGAACUCUCCUCAGGCUCAGACCUGGCACUUGUUGGCCACAAGCGGAAGAUUCAGUUUCCCAGUGGUAAUGCCGAGAAAAGGCCACAGGCCUCGUUCUUUGUCCCAAGAGCCCCCAGCCCCUGUGGCACCAGGACAACUAAUGGCAAGCAUCUUCUCUCCCUUCUGCUUCCAGGCCAUGAGCCCAGGCCUCUGGCCUCCCUCCAGCCCUUGUGCCACCCACAGACCUGCCUCUCCCUCCCAGGCUCCUUACCUGGGCUGCCCCCAGGAUCUAAGGAAUCUGAGUGUGCCGCCGCUGGCCCUAUCUCCCAGAAGACUGACCAGCUUCCCAGCUGCCCCACAGCCCCAGGCCAGCUGUCAGGCCACCUGCAGACAGCUGCGGGCACACAGACCCCAGGGGGAUCUGCAGAGAGCCAAUCCACCUCUCUCCCUUACCCUCUGCCAGCCAGUGGGGGAGCCAGCUGCUCCCGAUGGCUCUGGGCCCCCCAGCCUCUCCCAGUCCCCUGCCUCCCUGUCUCCCAGCCCCAACCCCAGCCCAGUGCCAGCAGAGAACUGCUCCUGUGAGUCCCCCUAGGCAUGCAGCUCUGGGGCCAGACAGGUCCCAACUCGAGGGCUGGAUACACAGAUCCAACCAAGUUAGAGCUCUGCUGAGUGCCGCACACCCAGCAGGGCUGACCAGACAAGGAGAAGCAGCGUCCGGGGCCUUGGCCUUUGAAGUCCAAGUGAACAGCUGUGGUCAUAGCCAAACUCUGUGGGGUUGACCAAGCUGGUCCUCACAUCCUCUGGAUCUUCACUGGGACCAAGAGAGUCUGGGCAGAGGACUGCCCUCUCCCCUCACUCCAGCUAUGGUCCUGACCAGAAGGCAGUCUACAAUGGGCUUGUCCAGCCAUGGCCAGCUGCCCAUGCCAGGAGGCAGAGGCAAGGUUGGCAUAGGGAGGGACCACAAAGAAGCUGGAGCCGCAGGAGCCCUGGCCUGGCUUCCUGUCCCUCUGCAGGCACUUGCUCUGCAGAGCAAAGAGGGUUCGUUGUUGGUGGUGUUCCCCGCCCCCACCCCCAGCCUCCUUUCCCACCAGCAUGUGGCUCUCCUGCUUUCUGAAAUGCCUGUGUGUUGUCCCCUCCCCCAGCCCCCCACGCUCUGCACACAGAUCCUCAGGAACAUAUGAAGCAGAGGAGGGGCUCGGCUGCGCCACUUCCAGAGCUCCCUUCCCACUGCACUUAGUAGGGGCCCAGCACUGACUUCUCUGAGCCCAGGAUGUGGCCAGAGCCGCCUUCAGGGACCCCUCUCAGCUCUUCCCUGUGGCCUCAGCCCUGGCUGCCCACCCAGAGUUCUGUUCAGGGUCAGUGGCUCACCUGCCAACUUCUGCAUCACCCUCUUCCCUCCUUCCUUCCCCCAGGACCUACCCCCUCCUUUCUUUCAGCCAAGCCAUUAAUCUGGAGACAGAGAUGGGUUUGCUAUUGAUUCUCUGACCACUUUUUUUUUUAUUACUACAUUUUGUACUGUGGUUCCUCUCACCCGUCUCUGCCUCUGUGUGUUUGUCUCUUUAAAUGCUGAAGCUACCAGAA